CUUCACCACUUUCUGAAAAGCGUCUCGUUUAAUAACAGUGCCGGCGACACAAUUUCAUUUGAUGCCAACGGACAAGUAGCAGCAGGGUUUGAUAUUGUCAACUGGAUUGCCUUCCCAAAUGAAUCAUAUUAUAAUGUCAAAAUUGGCGAGUUUCGCCCAGAAGCCCCUACUGACCAAAUGUUUACCAUUAAUGAUAACGCCAUCACAUGGAAUAGCCAGUUUAACCAAACAAAGCCCCGUUCUGUCUGCAGUGAAAGUUGCCUUCCUGGUUAUCGGAAGAAAAGGAUAGAGGGGAAACCAUUCUGCUGCUAUAACUGCAGUCUUUGUCCAGAAGGGAAGAUUUCUAAUGAGAAGGACUUGGAUGAGUGUUCCACUUGCAGUGAAGAUCACUAUCCUAACACUGGAAAAAAUCAAUGCAUUCCCAAAGAUAUCACGUUUUUGUCUUACACAGAGCCAUUGGGGAUCGCUUUAGCGACAGUUGUCCUGGUCUUUUCCUUCAUCACACUUCUGGUGCUCGGAAUCUUUGUGAAGCACUGCAGCACCCCCAUUGUCAAAGCCAACAACAGGAACCUCACCUACGCCCUCCUGAUCUGCCUCCUCCUGUGCUUCCUCUGUGCUUUGCUAUUCAUAGGUCGACCACAACUGGCAUCAUGUCUCCUCCAACAAACGUUUUUUGGCCUGGUCUUCUCAGUUGCCAUUUCCUGUGUGUUGGCCAAAACUGUCAUGGUGGUUCUGGCUUUCCUCAGUGUCCGUCCAGGAAGCAGCCUCAGGAAAUGGGUGGGGAAACAAGUGGGCAAUUCAAUUGUGAUCUCCUGCUCCCUUUUCCCAGCAGUUCUUUGCUUUGUGUGGCUCGCAACUUCUCCCCCAUUUCCAGAUGUUGACAUGCACUCAGAGACUGAAGCAGUUGUACUGGAAUGCAAUGUGGGGUCUGUCACCAUGUUCUACUUUGUGCUGAGCUACAUGGGCUUCUUGGCUGUGAUUAGUUUUGGGGUGGCCUUCUUGGCCAGGAAGUUACCUGACAGUUUCAACGAAGCCAAAUUUAUCACUUUCAGUCUACUGGUCUUUUGCAGUGUUUGGCUGUCCUUUGUUCCAACCUACCUGAGCACGAAGGGGAAAGCCAUGGUGGCUGUGGAGAUCUUCUCUAUCUUAGCCUCUAGUGCUGGUCUUCUGGCUUGCAUCUUUGCCCCAAAAUGUUACAUUAUUUUGCUGCGGCCUGAGCUCAACAACCGGGAACUGCUGAUAAGAAGGAAAGGGCCGUAA